GUAUAGGUGAACACACUUUUGCUGAACUUCUGGUUGUGUCUUUUUCUGUAGACAUGACGAAACGGUAUCUUUUCCAGAUGGAGUUCUACAUUGCUCUGUUGGGCGUGCUGUUGGCUGUGGGCACAGCCGACGGGGCCGAUACGUUUCCACCGCCUUGCGACAGCGAUAUCUACUGUCAGGGUCCGCUGCUGCACACCGUGCAGAUGGCGCGGAUCCACAACGACUCGAAGCACUUCGUCGACAUGAGCAUGCGGUUGUCGCCCGAGGAGGUGAAGGCUGCCUUCCAGACGAUGAUGGCCCGGACGGCCGGGCAACCGUCCAGAGAGGACGUGCGCGACUUCCUGGAUCGUAACUUCCAGCAGCCGGGCAGCGAGUUCGUCGCCUGGAACCCGUCCGACUGGGUCGAUAACCCGGCUUUUUUGGCUCGGAUCCGUGACCCGAAGCUGCGAGCCUGGAUCGAGGAUCUGCACGUGACCUGGAAGGAUCUGGGCCGGGAGGUGGCGGGCGAGGUGUACCUCCACCCAGACCGGUACUCUCUCAUCUUCGUCCCCAACCCGACCAUCGUACCGGGAGGCCGCUUCCGGGAAUAUUACUACUGGGAUUCGUACUGGGUGAUGAAGGGCCUGCUACUCUCUGAGAUGCACAACACGGUCAAGGGCAUGCUGCAGAACUUCCUGGCCAUGGUGGAUCGCUUCGGCUUCGUGCCGAACGGUGGCCGAAUCUACUACAGGCGUCGAUCUCAGCCGCCUUUCCUCACCGCCAUGAUGAAGCUGUACAUGGACGCCACCGAUGACAGGGAGUUUCUCAGGUCAAACAUCGGCUUUCUGGAACAAGAGUUUAAAUUUUGGGUCCAACAUCGAGGAGUGAACGUCACCAAAGACGGCAAACAGUACAAGAUGUACCGGUACAACGCCCAGGUGGGCCAACCACGUCCCGAGUCGUACAGGGAGGACUACGAGCUGGUGCAGCAGACACUCGGCGGCCAGCAUGCCGGGGAGGAGGAGCAGCUGUACGCUGAGCUGAAGUCGGGCGCCGAGUCCGGGUGGGACUUCUCCACUCGCUGGUUCGUCCCCGACGCCGGCCAGAAAGGUACUCUGAAGGACGUGAAGACGCGGUUCAUUGUGCCCGUGGACCUCAACUCGUUGAUCUACCUCAACGCCCGGCUGAUCUCCGAGUUUUACACCCUGCUUGGAGAGGACGCCCGUGCGGCCCAGUUUCAGGACUACGCCGAACGCCAGAAGAGGAACAUCGAGGAGGUCCUGUGGGACGAGCACUCUGGCUCGUGGUUUGACUGGGACACAAAAAAUGAGCGCCUGAACAAAAAAUUUUACCCGUCGAACAUGUUUCCGGUAUGGGUAAACGCGAGUAAGCCACAGCAGAACGCCAAAUUUCUGCGGUAUAUUCAAGAUAACGUGACCAACUUUACCAGCGGAGUGCCCACUUCCCUGGAGAAGUCUGGCCAGCAGUGGGACUUUCCGAACGCCUGGCCGCCGCUCCAGCACGUGAUGAUCGAGUCGCUGAACAACAUGGCCACUGACCAGGCCGACCAGCUGGCGUUCAAUCUGACCCAGAGAUGGAUCGACACCAACUAUCUCUGCUACAUGGAGGCCAGGCCCCACGUCAUGUUCGAAAAGUACGAUGUGACCCAGAUGGGCCUGCCGGGCGGCGGCGGCGAGUACAACGUGCAGGUGGGCUUCGGAUGGUCGAACGGCGUGGCCAUGGCGCUGGCCGAGCAGUACGGCGACCGUCUGAGGGCGCCGGGCUCUUCCGCCGGCCGUUCGGUGGCUUCCCUGAUGCUGCUGCUGCUGACGCUGCUGCUGCCGUCGCUGACCGCCUGACGGGGUGCUGCCGGUCGGCUUGUAUACUCAGGCAAGGCCUGCGUCACGUCGGUAGAGCUCUUCUCUGUCGCACCUGAGGUUCGGCCGUCAGCGGUGUUCUAUGGAAAUGAAAAUAUGGUGAGGGAGAUGUGCGAAAUGAUGUACGUAAUGAGCGCGAGAGUCAGAUGGACGACGCUUAUCAGUCGUGGUUUCAGUUAAAGAAAUUCAUAUUUUUCUUUUCACUCUGGUUAUGAAAUUCCUUAGGAAUUCCCCCUCCAAUUUUCCAGACUUUUACACAAGCCACAUAGUUUUCAUGGUGUAAAAGGUGGUCAUAUUUCACAAAGGUGCCAGUUGUGUGUGUCGAGGCAGCCGAGCAGUCUGCUCCGCGGGUACCAGACCGCGUGGCCGAGCCAGCGCACCGUCAACUGCUGAUUCGGGCAGUUGCGUCAGGCCAGUGGCAAUGUUCCAAGCAGCAUAAGUGGCAUCACUUUUCACUAGUAGUUGAAUUGCAAAUAAAUGAAAAAUGGCGUUUUCAGUUCCAGUCGUGUAAUGCCGGCGUAUCGUGACGCUAGCUUAUCUUCCCACUGACGCCGGUGAUGCAUCUUGUUAGAUCGGGCAACGCAUAGCUCAUGUCGUCACAUAGUGAGGGGUGAGCAGGAGGAGCGCCGACAUCUUCCACUCGCCAGGGCGCUGAGGGCACCCCAUGGGCCAGGAUCAGCAGCAGUGUCCAUGAACUCAGGCCACACCGACUCGCAUCUUUACUUACGGGUCGCGCCAGAGCGGGACACAGACAGCACUAUGCUGCACGUUAUCCGGUUAUUUGGAGCGUCGGCCCUAUUAUCCAUAAAUAGCUCUGUGGCUCCAUCCUUAGGGGCGUAAUGGCCGAUUGGUUAGCGCCCUCGGCUCCCACGUGGGUCUCGGGUUCAAAUCCCAGUCGCGUCCUGGUCUGAGUGCAAACGUGACUGCUGCGGUCGCUGGGACUCCAUAAAAGGGUGCGUGGCGACGUAGGUGGCGUUCCGUUUUUAAAGGUAGCUCCAUGCUUGAGAGCCGGCUGGUUCCUGACGUCUCCUACAUCAGCAGCCAUGCUCAGGGGUCAGCUCGCAGCUCCGUCAAGAUUUUGCCAAGCAUCAAACACGUGGUGUUAUUUAGGCUGUGCAAUGUAUGCUGUAGGUUUUGUAUAGGAUGGCUUGUGCGGCUUCGGACUCAAAGCCCUUCUCAAGCAUAAUUUAGCGGAUGUACCCUGCACCAACCAUCCAAGCUGCGCCGAUCCAGAUGUUGCCUCCGGCCUUUUUACGAGACGGGUGCUGCGGACGAGUGCGCGCGCCACGCGCUGCUUCGGCACGGCCGCCGCGGCCCCGCCAGUUCUCUCUGGCCAGUAGCCGGCUGACCUCUCCAGGCCGGCUAAUCAACAGGCGAUGAUGACUGACGUGUUAUGUUGGAUGAUGCUGUAUCGCCUUCUGCACAAAUACACUGCUUC